GAGAGGGAACGCCACCGACGCACGCACACUGUCUCAGCACUCUCGAAAGAGUUUAUUCGGGUGUAAACUAAGUUGUCAACCUGACUGGCACAACGAACAUUGUUCUCCAGGUGGAACUAAGUGGACUUUAUUAAGGGGCUCCCUAGCACUCGGAUCUGUUCUUCUCUGUCCCAGGUUCAGACUGCUUGGUCUAUGGCUCUGAUGGACAAACAUAAACAAGUCAAGCGGCAGAGACUUGACCGCAUUUGUGAGGGUAUCCGACCCCCCAUCCUGAACGGGCCGAUGCACCCGCGCCCACUGGUGGCCCUGCUGGACGGGCGCGACUGCACUGUGGAAAUGCCCAUCCUCAAAGAAGUGGCCACAGUGGCCUUCUGCGAUGCUCAGUCCACACAAGAGAUUCACGAGAAGGUGCUAAAUGAAGCAGUGGCCGCCCUGCUGUACCACACCAUCACUCUGUCCAGAGACGACUUGGAAAAGUUUAAAGGCCUUCGAGUAAUUGUCAGGAUCGGCUCUGGCUUUGACAAUGUUGAUGUGAAAGCAGCAGCUGAGCUCGGCAUUGCAGUCUGUAACGUGCCAGCUUCUUCGGUGGAGGAGACGGCCGACACUUCGCUAUGUCUGAUCCUCAACCUGUACAGGCGAGUCACCUGGAUGCACCAGGCCCUCAGGGAGGGAACCCGAGCCUCUAGUGUGGAGCAGAUCAGGGAGGUAGCAGGCGGUGCUGCUCGUAUCCGGGGCGAGACGCUGGGCAUCAUUGGUCUGGGGCGUGUUGGCCAAGCAGUGGCUCUGCGGGCUAAGGCCUUUGGUUUUGGCGUAAUCUUCUAUGACCCCUAUUUGCCCGACGGCGUGGAACGCUCACUGGGCCUGCAGCGCAUGGCCACCCUGCAGGACCUGCUCAUCCACUCUGACUGUGUAUCCCUGCACUGCAGCCUCAAUGAGCACAACCACCACCUCAUUAAUGACUUCACCAUCAAACAGAUGCGUCAGGGAGCUUUCCUGGUGAACACGUCAAGAGGUGGUCUGGUCGACGAGAAAGCAUUGGCUCAGGCCCUAAAGGAGGGACGGAUACGAGGGGCUGCCCUGGACGUCCACGAGACAGAACCCUUCAGUUUUUCAACAGGCCCUCUGAAGGAUGCACCCAACCUGAUCUGCACCCCACACACAUCCUGGUACAGUGAGCAGGCAUCUGUGGAGGCUCGCGAGGAGGCAGCCAGGGAAGUACGUCGCGCCAUCACUGGGCGUAUCCCUGACAGUCUGAAGAACUGUGUGAAUAAGGAGUAUCUGAUGGCAGCCUCUCAGUGGCCCAGUAUGGAGGCCGCCACUGUUCACCCAGAACUUAACGGAGCUACCUACAGAUUUCCUCCUGGUCUGAUUGCAGCAGCAGGGGGUCUCCCAGGAGCUGGCGCGGGGGUUGAAAGCCUGGUUUCAGGAACCCUGGCGCACGGCAUCGCCCCAGUCUCUCACCCCCCACGUGCCCCCUCCCCGGGGCAGCCUAACAAGGCUGAAGCCGACAGAGACAUCCCCUCUGACCAAUAGCCCCCUCCACCGCCGCCAGCACAUUCCGUCACCUCUGGAAACCGCCACCCUCCCCCCACAAACCCCACCUCUCAGCAUCAGACACAGCCCGACCCUCCAGUACGUCAUUGGCAGCACCAGUUUGACCUGACGUGGAUCUACACAGUCUUGUUUCUCAGAUCACGUAACCAGCCCAGGAUAGACCCAUCCCAUCCCAUCCCCACCCCCAGAACACGUACCCCUCCAUCCUCGUCCUCAUCUCAUCUCACCCGCCUAACUGCCACCCCGUCCCUACCCUCCCCCUCUUCACUCCCCCACAACGUCAGCAAUAACUGUUCUCAAGGAUUCAAAGAUUGGAUUGGUUUAGUUCCUUAGUUGGCUGUUGUUUUAAUGGAAAUUUGAUCUGUUGUGGUUCUAGGUGUUAAUGUUUUUUUGUUUGUAAAAAAAGGAAAAAAAAGCAUUUCUGGCAUGAGGCUUUACAGUUUGCAGUCCUCUGACCAGAAGAGGCACAGAGGCAGAAAGGUUAAAGCCCCCCUUUGUACAUUAAUGGCUCAUGUUACUGCUCUAUUCUUCUUCUUCUUCUUUUCUUUUUUUCCUCUCCCUCCCUCCACCUUUCUUGUGAUGGGGGUAAAUGUGUACUAAAGUAAAGCAGACAGAAUCACAAACAGUACAUCCUGUCCUCUCCCCACCAGGCAUCUAGCUGCCCUCCGCCCGAUACUUGCCCUUAGCUCUCCCUGACAGUCGUCAGCUCGCUCAGCAGAGGGAUCCACAUUGCUGUGAGUGUGGAGCUCUCUCAGACUGUCAGAGUGUGUUUUAUCUGAUCAGCUCAUACUGAAACUCUCAACCCCCACUGAACAAUGUUCCAUUUUACGGAGUGAUACCCAAGAUCCUUUGUCACCUCUUGUUGCUGUGACCGUCUAGUUGAAGGACAGUCGUCCCUGUUUCUACAUGCUUUGCCCCUCGUGGAUGGUUUUGUUAUGAUAUAAUAGUUUGUGUGUCACAUCAGAAAGCUCCUACAGCAGCAGUGUGUGAGGUCUUUACACACGGUGCCCACAUAGUAAUACGUAGCGGGGGGGUUGGAGCAUGUGAGGGGUCUCACCAGCAGAGGGCGCUGUCUGUCUGAACACUCAGACGCUCACACGCUUCCUGCAGCUCACGUCAAUCAAACAGACGGGACAGUUACGGGUUAGCUUUAGUGACGUGAUCACACACUGCCGACAUUCAAAACACAGGACAGGUGACAAGGGAUCAACAACGGCCUUAUUGUUUUAAGAUCUCACCGCACACCCCACCACCACCACAAUCCAGCACCCACCCACUCACUCACCCUCCACUCUCCUCCCACUGUCAUGGCCCACCCUGCACAUCUGCUCCUGAACCAGUAUGCAUCCACCAAUUCCUUUAACGUGAGAGGACAGUAGAGUUUAGAUAUCCUGUAGGAGUAAAGGGGGACAGUGUUCUUGCAUGCUGGCUUUGUUAAUGACAGUGGUGUGUGUGCGUGUGUGUGUGUUUGCGUGCGUGUGUGUUUGCGUGUGCGUGCGUGUGUGUGUGUUCUCUCACUCUGUUAUGAUAACAAGCUGUUGUCUUUCCAAAGGAAUAGUCCCUAGGAGUAACUCUUUAACGCUGUUGCCCUGGUGUCAAGGGAACACCUUUCUAGUACCUCAGUAACAGAUAUUGAAUGUACCGUGCAUACCCUUUUAUUUUUUGUACAGAUUUUCUAGAUACUUCUUUACUGUUCUUUACCAGAAGGGUUAUGAAAUUGUAGCAGUGACGAUACAAUAAAAAAAAAGAACAUUGCCCCAUGAAAUAAAUUGACAAAAUAUUUGUAGGUUCUCUAGGUUACUGAAUACUCAGGCUUCAAAAACCAAUGUUUCUCUUUGCCUUUUACCUUUUUUGUUCCUCAUUGUGGAAAAUUCAGCACAACGCUUUCCAGUUCUUAGACUCUAGACUGUAGUUGAUGUGUUUUGACCUCCAUCUUACCAGCUAAUGAAAAAUUAGGGAAAAAAGAAAGGCGUCGUCGUGGUCUGCUAGUUUUCUUUUACUAGAACAAGUAGUAGUAGAUGCUGUUGUUUUUCUUAUCGCCCCCCCUUCUUCAUUGUCGAGCUGCUCUAUCUAUAGUGCAUGUGAGGUAAUUUUUUUAGGGGAAUAAUUAUUGGCAUAACAAAUUAGAGUCAUCUUGCUGUUUCCCCUCUGCUCCCCGGGCCUUUUCCCCCCUUUAUCCCCAGAGUGUUUUAAACCCAAGUUGCCAUUUUGUCGUGGUCAGUUUCCAUUGAUGUACAGUUUUCCCCUCAGAGUCUAUGAGAGACAUGGAGCAUGUCUGUGUACUGAGAUGCUAUGCUCCUCUGUCAUGUGAUGAGUAUAUAUUUUUAAAAAUAACCCCAUAGUUCAGAUUAUGAGCAUAAUAGUAAUCUUAAAUUUUGCUGUUGAUGAUGACUAUAUAUUUUUUUCAGUUCAGCAGUGCACUGUUAUGAAAACCGUUCUGUUUUAUUGUAGGAUUUCAUUUUUAUGGAUAUGCUGUCUGUGUUCUACAUGUUGUACUGAAACAUUUCAGAGAAAACGAGCUCCCUCUCCCAGUGUUUUUUUUUUUUUUUGUCUUAUCUGUCCUUCCCAGCUGAUCUCCUCUGGGCCUUACUUAUAUUCUCCCUGUAAAAGUAGCUGUUAUAGAAAGUCGCCAUGGAACCACUCACUGCCUUAAUACAGUUGACCACAGCAGGUGAAGCCAGGAGGCGCACCCAGUCGAAAAGAACGGGCCAGGAAUCGAGGCCGCUCCACAAAAAGCUCCUCACACCCCAACCAAGCCUAAAUCCACAGCACCUUGCAUUUCCUUUUCAGCGAUGAACCACAUUUAGCCUUCCGUUUUUGACUCGAACACAUACAGUGUGAAUUUUUCUGCGUAUUAAAAAGAUGAUUUUUUCUUUCUGUUUUUGUAGUUUUUAAAAAGUUCCAAGUCAAUCCCGGCAGUGUGUUUGUGCGUAGGCUAACAGAUAAGCACAGCGUGUAUGCUCACAAAACCACAGCUGAUAUUUCACUCUUGGGUGUGAGAAUGCUCCUCCGCCCCAACACCCACCGCCACCACCUCUCUGGGUCUUUUAAAGCGUCAUUCACAUUGCUGCCAGAGCCCCAGUGGGGAUGGAGGGAGGGGGGGAGGAGGAAGAGGGGGUGGGGGGCACAGCGGACACUGGUGUGGUCUGUCGAAAAAAAAAUUAAAGAAAAAGAAAGAAAGAAAACAAAACUAUUAUGGUGAGAAUCGGUCACUUUUUCUCUCUCAGGGUUCAAAUGCACACAUAUCCUCCAGCAGUCGCCCUCUGUCUCGUGUCCGUCAUCCCAAGUUUUCCUCCCUCAGAAUGUAGAACAGCCCCCUGUGUUUUUUUUUGUUUUUUUGUUGUUGUUUUUUUAGACGUCGCUCUCCUGUCUUUUCCCCUUUGUGCACAGGUCUGAACUUUUUUUUUCUCCUGUUUUGCUUUCUUUUGGCACUGACAUCUAACCAUCUAACGAGGAAUGAAUGAAUGAAUGUUUGAAAGUGACUGUGUGUAAUGUUAAAAUUGGGAAAUGUAUUUUUACAACAUGUGAACGUGUUUUUCUUUCCACUCACUCUCAUUGUGAAUUGAUUUUUUUCUUUCACCAGACUGCAAAAACAAACAAACAAAAAAACAAAAAUGAAAAAAAAAAUCUCCUGUAACUAGGCUCUUAAGCUUUAUUUUUGUUUUUGUUUACUUUUUUAUUAGAAACAAUCAUGUUUGUGAUGGUAACUUCCAAUGGUAAA